UCCCUUCCACCCAGGGUUUACGCUUUCUCUGUUGCUAAGAUUUUGUGUAUUUUGGUUUAACCAGAGUACACGCCUGAACUCUGGAGAGAGAAGAUGUUAACAAAUCUAUUGUUUUCAGUUUGGUGUUUGCAGUUUUAUUCUACAUCGGCUUUCUUUAUUAGUGAACAGCAGUGUAGAUCUGAUGCAGAAUGUCCUCCAAUUUUUCGAGGUUACAGUGUGUGCAGUGGUAACUUCAAUCUGUUUGGUCUAAAAAUACCAACAUGUGAAACUAGAAGACAAAAUCUUGGUGGAAAAUGCUUAACACAGCAAGAUGGCCUAUGUGCAAUCGGAAAUUUUUUUGCUGGUGGGCGAAACAACUGCAAUGUGCGGCACUGCGCACAGUGCUUCACUAGCGACGACUGUGGCCACUGUGAAAGAUGCUACAACAAUCGUUGUGAUUACAUUUGUAGUACAAGCAGUAGUCAUAGCAGUUUUGGGACAACUAGCUUUGGCAGUCAUGGAGAUCACGGACAUGGAGAUCAUGGGCAUGGAGAUCAUGGGCAUGGAGAUCAUGGUCAUGGAGAUCAUGGAGGACAUGGAGAUCAUGGGCAUGGAGAUCAUGGGCAUGGAGAUCAUGGUCAUGGAGAUCAUGGAGGACACGGAGAUCAUGGGCAUGGAGUUCAUGGAACACAUAGAAAUAGUUGAGAGUCAUGGAACUCACAGAAGCUGGGUAAACUUAUAAUUUGAAUUAUAGCACCAUUAUACAUUGUUCAGUAUUACAAUUUUUUCUUCAAAUAAAGCAUGUGGGCUA